AUUUUGGAUACGGAACAUAUUGAACUUACGAUUGAUUGGAUAAGCUAAAAAAUCAUUGUGAAAUAUUUUUUUUAUUUAUGAAAAAUAUUUCGAGAGACGUAAUGUAAAGCCCAUGUUGUGUCUCCUGCAGUGUCUAUGGUGCAAUGUCUCUAGAGGUUGUACAACCUUCUGCAGGCCAGGCUCUCACCAACUGUCACCUCUAGCACUACUUUCCUGGGACAGUUUAUCAGCAGUUGCCUGUGGACAUGAGCACCAUGAAACAACAAGAGAAAGUGGUGAAGAUCCUGCCUGCACCCAGCACUGACCCUGACCAGCACGCCAUGGGUAUGAAACACUCUAAGUCCGACCAUUCAGGCCUGAUCCGCAAGGACAAACACAAAGCUGACAAGUCCACCAUGGGCAAGAAGUUCAUCAGCAAAAGCCAGGACAAUUUGAGCAGCUCCAAGAAAAGUCGGCCUCUUGCGCCUGUCGUGGAGUCGCCAAAGCCCAGGGACAAUGCGACAUCUCUCGCCAGGGCUGAGGCUGUCAGGGCAGCAGAAAAAAACAAAGAGAACGUGGCCCUGAAGGAAAAAAAUGCUGUGUUUGUCAAACCAAAGCCGGUCAAGCCCAAUAGUCUGACCAACAUCCGCAAGGCUUCCAGUACCCAGUCCAUAGACAGCCAGGCUAGUGUCAAGUCAACCUCAUCCAGAUCUUCCCACAACCUGGCCAUCAAGCGCACCCAGAGCACACAGAACAUAUCCAAAGACAAGCUGAUGAAGAAGAGGACCUCAGCCCCUGCUGAUGUCAUGGCCUACAAUGCUGAACUUUUAGCCAACUUUGAGCGCGAAAAGAAAAUUUUAGAGGUCAGGAUCUCAGAAUUAACCAAAAUUGCAGAAAGCCGAAAGGGUGAGAUAGAGAAAUAUAAAUACGAAAUAAAAAGACUGAAGGAGUCGUCGAUCAGCUGCGCGGGAGACAGAGAGGAGCUGGAACUGUUGAGGCACCAAAACAAACAGCUGAUGGACAGGCUGAAUGAGCUGGGUUUCCCAGCCGAACAGAACACAGACUCUCAGAAGCUGAUCCUCAAACUCUCCAGCUCCACUGUGCUAAAGAGCCAAAGCAGCAACUCAGAUAUUUGUCUGCCUGCCAGCACCAGCUGCGACAGCUUGUCCACAGAGGGCGCUAAAGCCCACACCGCGUCCUGCCCCGACAAGAUGGUGCUGGACGUGGUCGGUGCCCAGCUGCGCAGGUCAACGUCCUUAUCGGCGUCCGAGCCGGGUCUGUCUAUACCAGACCUGUGUGGGACACCGGAGCACCCGUCCAUCCUCUCGCUGGACACGGCCAACUGGGACAAGCAGAGCAACAAGUCGGCCAACAGCGACGGCUGCCUGAGCGAGGCAUCCGUGGCCUGCCUGACUGAGAGGAUACUGCAGAUGGAGGAGACCAACUAUUCAACAACAGAAGAGUUGCAGGCCACGCUACAGGAACUUGGUGACCUACAAGAUACCGUGAAUGAACUGACAGAGGAGAACACAAAGUUGACAGAUGAGAAAACUGUUUUGUUGGAGUCUUUGUGUACCCAGACAGAGAAGUUGGAGAAUACAAGAAUACAGCUGGAACAACUGAAAUGUCUGCUGAUAUCCGGGGAGCUGCCAGACAAGUCAGAGAAGGACAGCCAUCUCCUGGCCCUGCUCAAGUCAGCGCAGGAGGAGAGGGAGGAGCUGAUGAGGAAACAGACGGAGUGGUCCAAUGCCCUGCAGGCUCUAGAGAAUGAGUACAGGGAGGCGCAGGAUGCUGCUGAUAGUCUCAGAGAGAGAUGCAGCCUGCUAGAGGACUCCAACUCUUCGCUGAAGGCUGAGAAAGAUGCUCUAGACAAAGUGUGUUGUGAGAUGAAGGAGGCCAAAGAGGCUGAACAUAUUGAGGUGGUCAGACUGAGGACAUUGCUGGACCAUCAGAAAUCUAAGGUACAGGAGCUGGAGGCAUCGCGGAGGACGCAGGAUAAAACAGACUUGGAAGAUCUGCUGGACGCAGCCAGACAGGAGAAGGACAAAGCUGAGCAAACCAUCACAGACCUGACUGAAUCACUCUCCCUCUCCAAGUGUGAACUCACCAAACUCAAGGAGGCGCUGGCUAGCAAAGAACAGGAAUUACUGGUGGCCCGUAAGAAUGCCAAAAGCCAAGUGACAGACCUACAUUUUGCUCUAAAGACAGCAGAGAAAGAGAAGUUGGAUGCCCAGAGAGAAGUGGCAGCGUUGAGGGAACACACAGAGCAGCUGGAGUUGGAUUGUGAGAGGUAUGUGGAAGACAAGAAAAACUGUACGGCCAACAUGGAGGAACUUCAGACAGAGCUGAGGAGAGUGAGACAAGAGAAGCAGAUAUGUGAGGCAGAGCUACAUGAGAUAAGCUCCAAGCAUGAUAUGGAAUCUGAAGAAUGGAAGCAGUUCCAGAAAGAUCUCCAGACGGCUGUAGUGAUCGCCAACAACCUGAGCCAGGAGAGUCAGGAGAAGAUGGAGCGUCUGACAGCAGAGAACAGUCAGCUGCAUGAGCAGUGUGCAGGGCUGGAGGUGGAGGUCAACAAACUCAGGCAUGAGAUGAAGCUCUACAGGUCAGCUGAUUCCAGGAAACCUUCCAUAUUCACAAACUCUGAGCUCAAGGGGAAAGUGUUAAAGAGCAUGGACAGGAGCACACUGCGAGAAGGACGACCCUCCCUGGACCAGCGCACCCAAAGCAUCUCUGUGAAGUCCUUGAUCCGCUCCAUCGAGGAGCAGGUGAAGUCUGGCUGCUCAUCCAUCCACUCCAGCCACUCGGAGUCCCGCCGCAGCUCCACCUCCUCCGACAUCUCCCUGACCUCUCUCAAGGAACUGGUCAAGUCUCCAUCCUCGCCCCUCCCUGACAGCCCAAGGUCACCAACAAAGGAGUUUUCCCUCAAGCCCCACAGUUUCCGCAGCAAACAGGAGGACAGGUCCCCACAAGAUAAGGACGCCCAGGUCCUCAGCCCAGAGGGUCUCAACAAGUCUAGCUCCAGGGGGGAUGAGGGCAAGAUGACACAGAUCUCUUCCAUACUCAAAGACAGGGGGACACCUCGACGAGGGAGCACAGUGGUAGAACCAGAUACAUCAAAGAAAGAAACACCAAGCAGGGAUCCACUGGCUUCACUGGCCAAGCUGAUGAAAGGCUCCAAGAGGAAUGCUCUGCUCAAAUGGUGCCAGCUCAAGACUAUUCCCUACUCGAAUGUUGACAUCACAAACUUCAGCAGUAGUUGGAACGAUGGCCUUGGAUUCUGUGCUCUGCUGCACAGUUAUCUGCCAGAGAAAAUUCCAUACUCGGAGCUGUCAACAGAAGAUAAGAGACAGAAUUUUACAUUAGCAUUUACAGCAGGGGAAAGUGUGGGGAUCAAAGCCACACUGAACAUCAAUGACAUGGUAGCAAUGGAGAGGCCCGACUGGCAGGCGGUGAUGAAUUAUGUGACUGCUAUCUACAAACAUUUUGAGAAGUUGUGAACAGCCAGCUGAGUUCUGCUGACAAUUUUAUUUUCUUGCACAUCCAGCAAGUUGUAUGUGAGGUUUUGCUACAGUUCUGUCCCAUGUUGCACAUCCAGCAAGUUGUAUGUGAGGUUUUGCUACAGUUCUGUCCCAUGUUGCACAUCCAGCAAGUUGUAUGUGAGGUUUUGCUACAGUUCUGUCCCAUGUUGCACAUCCAGCAAGUUGUAUGUGAGGUUUUGCUACAUUUCUGUCCCAUGUUGCACAUCCAGCAAGUUGUACGUGAGGUUUUGCUACAGUUCUGUCCCAUGUUGAGCACUUGGCAGUGUGUCCCUGCUUUGUAGGAUGUCUCGAUGGUUAACUUGUACAUAGGGGAUCAUUGGCUGAAUGGAUAUCUUGGCCGUUGUCAAAUGGAUAGAAAUCUAAAUGAAAUUUUGACUAGAGCCUAGUGAGUGGUUGGCUGAUUGAAUGAAUGUUUGAACUACAAACAGUUGAAUGGAUUGAUGGCUGAAUGAAUGAAUGUUUGAACUACAAACAGUUGAAUGGAUUGAUGUCUGAAUGGUUGGCUGAAUGAAUGAGUGUUUGAACUACAAUUGAAUGAAUACCUGGAUGAAAGACUUAGAGCAUUCAGCAUGAGCUGCUCCUAUGGAGUUCAAUCAUUUCACAACUUGUUUCCUCCAUAAUUGUUUUACCAUCACUGGCCAAUGUAAAUACCGUGGCUAGAGUUGGCCUUGCUUUUAACCAGUCACUGGCCAAGUAAUUAUCUUGGCUUGAGUUGGCCCAUAAUUGUUUAACCAUCACUGGCCAAGUAAUUAUCUUGGCCAUAGUGGCCCAGCUUUAAACCAGCAUGUCACCAGCAAUGGAGACCUGUCCCAGCUUCUUUACCUGUACUUAAUUAAUUUAUGUCUAUCAAAGCUUGAAGUGGUCAGUAUUUGAUAGUUCUAGUCUAGUCUCUUUCGUUUUAAUUUUUUUUUAAAUAAAAUGUUUAUCAAAUUUUCAAUUAGUCACUUGUAUCAUUUGAACAAUGGCUGGUGUCACUUCAGCUGUAGUGUAUCCAAUUGAUCAAAAGCCAACACCACUACCAUUCUUUAUUCUGCCAUUGAAAAGCCACGGAGAUACACUGAGAACAUAGGAGUCAUCCAUUUAAGAUACCCACAAAAAAACCUGUGUUUUAAAUAAAGCCCAUUUCUCAUGUGGACAUCCAAUAUACGAAUUCACAAAUGUGUUGUAUUAUAUGUAUAUUAUUUUGCAAUUAAAUUUUUCUCCUAAAUGUCUUAAGUAUAAUAGAACCUGGAACAUCUUGAGUAAAAUAAAAUGUUUUCAAUGUUUAAAUAUA